AUGUCGGCCGGGGGCGAACACCUCAAAGAUGAAGGCACCAAGCGGCAGGUCGUAUUGGCCGGCGGAAUUGCAGGGCUGAUAUCACGGUUCUGUAUUGCACCGCUGGACGUCGUGAAGAUUAGGUUGCAGUUGCAAAUACAUUCGUUGUCAGACCCUGCCUCCCAUCUCAAUGUCAAGGGGCCUGUCUAUAAGGGGACAUUGUCCACCAUGCGGACGAUUAUGAAGCAAGAGGGAAUCACAGGCCUCUGGAAGGGCAAUAUCCCCGCCGAAAUGAUGUAUGUCUGCUACGGCGCCAUGCAAUUUACCGCGUAUCGGGGAACAACCCAAGCCCUCGCCCAACUCGGCUCCUACCGACUACCCCAACCUGUCGAGUCCUUCCUCUCAGGUGCUGUGGCAGGAGGAUGUGCCACGGGGGUAACAUACCCGCUUGACCUUCUCCGCACGCGAUUCGCUGCACAAGGCCCAGACCGUAUUUAUGGCUCGCUGCGCGCCUCAAUCGGGGAGAUCGCUCGCCAUGAGGGCAUACCGGGGUUUUACAGGGGAUGUUCUGCCGCUGUGGCACAAAUUGUGCCAUACAUGGGACUUUUUUUCACAACGUACGAGGCGGUCAGACCAGUCAUGACCUGGGAUGCUUUGCCGUUCGGUACAGGGGAUGCCGCAGCCGGUGUUGUGGCCAGUGUUCUAGCUAAGACGGGUGUCUUUCCGCUUGACCUGGUGCGAAAGCGCUUGCAGGUACAGGGCCCAACAAGAACCCGCUACAUUCAUCGGAAUAUCCCGGAGUACAAGGGCGUUCUUCAAAGUAUUGCCAUGAUUUUUCGCACCCAGGGCGUGCGUGGUUUGUACCGCGGCUUGACAGUCAGUUUGCUCAAGGCAGCACCCGCAAGUGCAGUGACAAUGUGGACCUAUGAGCAUGCAUUGAAAGCCCUUCGGGAGCUCAAUGUCGGAGCUGACAGUUGA